GGGCUUUCUGCCCCAAUUAGACUACCGUAUUAUCGUACUCGUAUCAUACAGAAUGUGACGGGAGGCGCUGGGAGCUGUGUGCUGGACUGAAACAUUCGCUGCCCCGCCGCAUUUCCUCGCCUGGACGUCUUCCCCGCCUCUAAUUUCUCCUCAACAUCAGAUCCCUUGGAAAGCAAGAUAUCCGGGCCCCUCCACGCCAAUGGCAUUCGAAAUGCUUUCUACUCGAUGUAUACGAUCAUCCUCCCGCCUACCACUCAUUUUUCCCACCUCCCGGUCGUUCAUCACCGCCCAACCACUACGAGAUUCCGCGCCUCACCCAUCCGCCGAACCCGUAUCAUUAGAACCUGCUCCUUAUAGGUCCUCUGUUACAGCCGAUGGUAAACCUCGAGUAAAGAGCGGGACCCCUGCUGGAACAGUCCUCAAAAACAUCAACUUUCUAAAAAACAGAUCAGAUCCUAUCGCAAAGGAGGACUCGGAGUAUCCGGAAUGGCUAUGGUUAAUGCUCGAUAAUAAGGCUAGCACCGGUGGCGGUUCGGCGGCGGCGGGUGAUGCCUACUGUAAGAAUACCGACGAUUUACGGUCUUUUUUCUACUCGGCCCAACAGUUACUAAUCUGCUCUUAGCUAAAUCGAAAAAACAACGUGAUCUCGCGAAGAAACAGGCCGAGAAGGUUGCCCGCACAGAGGCUAGAAACAAAGAGGCCCGCAUACCUCCCCACCAUCAAUCUAUCGAUCUUCCCUUUGCGACAGUACCGGAGCCGACGGCCCCCAACUCCAUUACCCGACCGGCCGCUGAGCCAUUUGUUAGGGUUGUAUCUGUUAUGGGAGGUCUUAUUAAUAAACUUCCGGCCGCUCCGGGCACAAGAGGAUUGAGGCCGGCAGCUGUAGAGAUUGGGAAGGAUGUUCAUGUUACGCCGCUAGAAGCCCACAAAGCACGGUUAGAAAUUCGAACAGCUUUGAGGAAGGCCCAAAGGAAGGGAAUUCGGGAGAAGAACUUCUUGAGCACUCUAAAGGGCUAACAUCCUUCUCCCAGUCUGUAUGAAAUCUGGGGUUGGGUGCGUAUGUGUUAAUAUUAUGCUGUAAAUUACUGUACCGUUGCAAAGGAGGGCAUGCUCGGAUCAUAGGUUGUCACUCGGAAAUCACUCUUACCAUUA